GGGGAAGCUUGGCCGUUACCCUCCAUGGCCAGGGAAGAUUGUUAACCCACCUAAAGAUCUGAAGAAACCUCGAGGAAAAAAGUGCUUCUUCGUGAAGUUUUUUGGAACAGAAGAUCAUGCUUGGAUCAAAGUGGAGCAGCUGAAGCCUUAUCACCCUCACAAAGAGGAAAUGAUAAAGAUUAACAAGGGUAAGCGCUUCCAGCAAGCUGUGGAUGCUGUAGAGGAGUUUCUUAGAAAAACCAAAGGCAAGGACCAGGCGUCUUCCCAUAACUCCACUGAAGAGAAGAAUCGGCGUAAUUCCAGUGAAGAAAGAGGCAAGCAAUCUGCUGGUGAAGAGAAACGCAAAGCCAGUUUGUCUGAAGGAAAGGUGAAGAAGGGCACAGGGGAAGGAAAAAAGAGGGUUUCUUCUGUCUCGUCAGAGAGAGGAUCAAAAUCACCCUUGAAAAGAGCCCAGGAUCAGAGCCCCCGAAAGCGGGGGCGUCCACCCAAGGAUGAGAAGGACCUCACAAUUCCAGAGUCAAGUACAGUGAAGAGAGUGAUGACUGGAACAGUGGCUGGAUUUAAAUGGCCGCCGAGUGUGAGCGAGCCUGUGAAGGACAGUGAUCCACACUUUCAUCACUUCCUGCUGAGCCAGACAGAGAAGCCAGCUGUCUGCUAUCAAGCCAUCACAAAAAAGCUGAAGGUUUGUGAAGAGGAGACAGGAUCCACCUCCAUCCAGGCAGCAGACAGCACAGCAGUCAAUGGCAGCAUCACACCUACAGACAAAAAGAUAGGAUUUCUGGGCCUUGGUCUGAUGGGAAGUGGCAUUGUCUCCAACUUGCUAAAGAUGGGUCACACUGUCACUGUCUGGAACCGGACUGCUGAGAAGUGUGAUUUGUUCAUCCAGGAGGGUGCACGGCUGGGAAGAACGCCUGCUGAAGUAGUCUCCACCUGUGACAUCACGUUUGCCUGUGUAUCAGAUCCAAAAGCAGCAAAGGAUCUGGUGCUUGGUCCGAGUGGAGUGUUGCAGGGGAUUCGCCCAGGGAAGUGUUAUGUGGAUAUGUCCACAGUGGAUGCAGAUACAGUCACAGAGCUGGCCCAGGUGAUAGUGUCCCGAGGUGGUCGCUUUCUGGAAGCACCAGUCUCAGGAAACCAACAGCUCUCUAAUGAUGGAAUGCUUGUGAUCCUGGCAGCUGGUGACAGGGGUUUAUAUGAGGACUGCAGCAGCUGUUUCCAAGCCAUGGGGAAGACCUCUUUUUUCUUAGGUGAAGUAGGCAAUGCCGCCAAGAUGAUGCUGAUUGUGAACAUGGUCCAAGGCAGCUUCAUGGCAACAAUAGCAGAAGGACUGACUUUGGCUCAAGUGACUGGCCAGUCCCAGCAGACCCUUCUGGAUAUCCUCAAUCAGGGACAACUUGCCAGCAUCUUCCUGGACCAGAAGUGCCAAAAUAUCUUGCAAGGAAACUUCAAACCUGAUUUCUACCUGAAGUACAUCCAGAAGGAUCUUAGAUUAGCUAUUGCACUGGGCGAUUCUGUCAACCACCCAACUCCCAUGGCAGCUGCUGCCAACGAGGUCUAUAAACGAGCAAAAGCCUUGGACCAAUCUGACAACGACAUGUCCGCAGUGUACAGGGCCUACAUCCAUUAGGCUGCACCCUUCUUACUGUUCAUACGAUGAUGAUUGAUUAAUAUUAUUAUGAUACUGGGUUUUAACUCUGGACCAGUCCAUCUCUGUCUUUCCAUUUCCUUUUAUACACAAACUUUGAGACCUGCUGUGGUGAGCCUUCCACUGUGGCAGGAGGGGGGAGGAGGGGGCUCGGAUUGUUGCAGUCUAAUUAGAAAAAUCCAUGCCAUGCACUGACAGUCGUGAGAUGAAACAGCGGCAAUUGUUCAGAAGCUCUGAGGCAACUCUGCCAGAAAUCUGCUGCUUGGCUGCUUUAAUUUUCCUCUGUUUGCUAGUCCAAGAUGCUGUUUCUAACAAUCCCUUUUCUUCUUUGCUGUGAAAUAAUGCAAGUGCUGGACUCUCUGCAUCAAGGGGACAGGGUCCUUGGUCCCAAGUAAGGUGAGGAGCAUGCCUGCUAAUUAGCCACUGUUAGAGAACAAGGCACCUCCCAUGGAGGAGAAGGGCAGUUCCAGAGGGUAAGGGGAGUUGAGUGUAACACUGUCUUGAUUCAGUUUCUUUUUAGACUUCCACUUCCCCACCUUGAUGGAGGAAUUCCUGUACUGUUAAAGAUAACACAUUGCAUCCAUGUCUUCCCCUGUACAGACAACUACAGCUUAGGGAAUACAAACUGUACUGAAAAUAGGAGAAUACGUAUGUCAAUGAGACUCCUGAAAGGUUCAUCAUAGCCCAUCCAAAACAUCAUUGGAAAGUAACACCUUUGCAUAGAAAACUGCAAGACAAACAUAGUGCCUAUAAAACUGGGCUAGAGAUUUUACUUGUUCCUGGCCUUAGCUUAUGUUAUGUUACUACUUGUUUGGUUUUUUUUAACCCUUGUAGUCAAUAAUUACAAAGGUGUCUUGGAUUGCAGCAGUGUCACAAGCAGAGUGGUGAGUCUGAAAAGGGAGAGAAGAAUGAUCCAAGAGAUUGAGAUUCCUGAGCUCCUUUCCACGCUCUCUGGCCUUUGCAUGGUUGUCACAUCUCUCAGCCUGUUUGCCCAUCUAUAAAGGUGGGUGAUGGUUACCUACCUCACAGGGAUACUUCUGUGUACUGCCUAGUGAUCUUUAUACAUGUCAGGUUUUCCAUACAUGUUCUUAGUGUUACUACUUUGGGUACAAGAUGGCACAGCAUGAGCCUUCUCCCUGUAUCUGUGAACUCUGCUUAUGGCCAGAUACCAACUUCUAGAAAGACCAAUAACUGAGAUUGGGGAGGCUAAGACCACUGCUGAGCUUUAGUCUAGAGAUGGGUGACAUGAACUGCAGAUGCCAAGGCUAGAGAACAGAGAUUGUCUCAGUGUAGAUAGCAGAGCAACCCAGAGUCCAAAGGAUGCCUGUCACAAAAAAUGCACGGGGUGUGACUUGGUUUUUGGUUUGUUUGGGUUUUUGUUGGUUUUUUUUUUUUUUUCCAAUUCUCAGUAUUAGCCUUUUGGGAGUGUUCUUGCAUUUUAAAUUUGAGUGUUAGAAAAAUGCCAGUGAGAAACUUUGGCCAAAAUCACUUCUCAAGUGGUACAAUCUCCUUCCUCCCUUGGGCUGGGAUUCGGAAAGGAAAGAAGACAAAUUCAAUUUAGGUUGUGUUCCUGACAUCUGCCCCUGCCACCUUAUUUUUUUUCCUAGGAACGUAACGGCUGUGUAAGGAAAUUUUCCCUGGGUUAGGAUUUCUUACCAGUCCUGCUUUGUGCAGCAUGUGUGUAUGGUUCAGGGA